AUGUAUGCUGUGACUGGUAGUGAUGAGGAUGACUGUUACCGGUGUUUCCCGCCCGACCCGGGCAUUGGUACUGCUGCGUCAGGUACUCGUGAGGCUGCUGCUCUAGGUGCCAGUGCGUCUGUGCUCUCAGGUACUGGUGAGUCUGCCCUCUCAUGUACUGUGUCGGCUUCGGCCUCUCACACCUUCACCCUUGACUCUGGAGCGUCUCGCUCCUUCUUUCGGGACCGCACCACUCUCACGCCGCUGAGUCGGUCGGUUGCGGUGUCCCUGGCUGACCCCUCUGGGGGGCCUGUCCUGUCUCGCUUCUCCACGGUCCUUCCGUGUCUGGCGGCCCCCUCUGGCACCCUGUCUGGUCUCUACCUCCCCUCGUUCUCGACGAACCUGGUGAGUGGUGCUGACCUACAGGAUGCGGGUGUCCACCAGUUCACUCCUGCUCGUCAGCGGGUGACACACUGCACGGAGGCUAGCACAGGUCGCCACCUGGCUACGUUUAUACGUCGGCCGGGGUCGAGCCUGUGUUUGCUGCAGCGUCCAGGUCUGGCCCUGAGUCUGCCCCCUGUUCAUGUCGUCGUCUGUCUCACGAGACCCUCCUCUGGCACCACCGCCUUGGCCACCCCUCUCUGCUUCGGCUCAGAGGGGCGCCAGCGUGCUGCCCCUCACUCCUCCCAGUUUCCUCCGACAGAGGCCCCGUUGCAGACGCUUCACAUGGACGUGUGGGGCCCAGCCCGCGUCCGUGGACAGGGUCAGGAGCGCUACUUCCUGCUCGUUGUUGACGACUACUCGCGUUACACCACAGUCUUCCCCUUGCGCAGCAAGGGUGAGGUCAGUGAGGUGCUGAUCGACUGGAUCCGCGCAGCUCGUCUUCAGCUCAGGCAGAGCUUUGGCUCCGACUUUCCUGUGUUGCGUCUGCACUCGGACAGAGGCGGAGAGUUCUCCUCUGGCCUUCUACGUGCCUACUGUCGUGCGCGAGGCAUCCGCCAGUCCUUCACGCUUCCGGACUCUCCGCAGCAAAAUGGGAUUGCUGAGCGCCGCAUUGGCAUGGUCAUGGACGUCGCCCGUACGUCCAUGAUGCAUGCGGCUGCCCCCCAUUUUCUGUGGCCGUUUGCGGUCAGGUACGCAGCGCAUCAGAUCAACCUCCACCCCAGGGUCUCCAGGCCGGAGACCUCCCCAGCCCUGCUGUGGACGGGGAAGGUUGGCGAUGCGUCGGCAUUCCGGGUCUGGGGAUCUCGGGCGUUUGUCCGCGACCUGUCUGCGGACAAGCUGUCCCCUCGCGCUUCUCCCUGCGUCUUCCUGGGGUUCCCCCCCGACGCCCCUGGGUGGCAGUUCUACCACCCCACCUCUCGACGUGUUCAAUCCUCCCAGGACGUCACGUUCGACGAGUCGGUAGACGCGGUCGAGCCUGUCGAGGUCACUGGUGACUCUGGUGCUGCUGCGGGUGCUGAGCCUGGGGGUGCUGAGCCUGGGGGUGCUGAGCCUGGGGGUGCUGAGCCUGGGGGUGCGGAGUCUGGGGGUGCGGACUUGGGGGUGCUGUGCCUGGGGGUGCUGUGCCUGGAGGUGCUUCGUCGUCGUGAGCCACUCUCCCCACAGGAGCUGCGUGAGUGGUUUGCCAGGCGCUGGAGGCGUGCUGCUGGUGAUGGAGGUUCUUCGCCUGCAGAGGGUGCCACUGCCGCAAGUCCCGGAGGUGCUCGUCUUGGGAGUACUGGAGCUGCUGGGUCUGAGGGUUCUCCUGGAGCUGGUGCUGCUGAGGGUGUUGGCGCUGCGACUGCCGCUGGCGGUCCGCCUGGCAGUGCUCCUGGUGGUGCUGCUGGAGGUUCUGGAGCUACUGGAGGUGCUGCUGGAGGUGCUGCUGGAGCGGGUACUCCUGCUGGGGGUACUGGUGCUGUCCCUGCUUCACAGCCACCGCUACAGCCUGCCUCCCCUUUGCCUGCUCCUUCUCCCUACGCUGGUCCGACUGGAGGUCUUACUGAGCUUCGUGAGCCUGCGUCUCGUCCUGCGUCGCCUGUUCGUACUGCGCGCGUUAGUGGUCGCGGGUCGCGUCAGCGUCCUCCUCCUGUCCCUGGCACGCACCGGAUGUCACUGCGUCCGUCCACUGCUCCUCUGCGUGCCCCUUUGCCUUCUCCUCCUGCUUCCUCUCUUCCUGCUCUUGCCGACCCGGAGUCGGACUCUCUUCGUGCUGCCAGUCCUACUGUCACGCGUCUCCUUGCUACUGCUGUCACUGAAACUUCGUUCGAGUCGUCUGCUGCGUCUGCCCUUGUCACUGAGCUUGUCGACUUUGCUGCGCGCUGUCGUCUAGACUACGAUGCAAUUCUUGUCGCUGAGUCUGAGUCUGCCUGUCCUCCGUCCGUCGGGGGUGAGUGUGCCCUUGGCACGGACGUCCUUGAGGACAGGCAGGAGGAGUUCCAGUGUCUGGCCGCCGCUUCACCUCAUCUCGCGUCUGUACUGCUAGCCCCUGAGGGAGACCCGGAUGCACUUGACAUCCCGACUCCGCGCUCUUACGCGGAGGCGAUAGAGGGUCCCUACUCCUCUCAGUGGCAGGCAGCUAUGGAUGCAGAGAUGGCUUCCUGGAAGUCCACAGGCACCUACGUUGACGCUAUUCCCCCUCCUGGGGCGAACAUAGUCAGUGGCAUGUGGAUUUUCAGGGUGAAGCGGCCGCCGGGUUCUCCGCCUGUCUUCAAGGCGCGUUACGUGGCUCGUGGCUUCAGUCAGCGGCAGGGGGUUGACUACUUUCAGACCUUCUCCCCCACCCCGAAGAUGACCACUCUUCGGGUUCUACUGCACGUUGCUGCUCACCGUGACUACGAGCUCCACUCUCUCGACUUCAGCACCGCUUUCUUGCAGGGCAGCCUGCACGAGGAGAUCUGGCUGCGUCGCCCACCUGGCUUCACUGGGUCUUUCCCUCCUGGUACCCAGUGGAGUCUCCGGCGUCCAGUCUACGGUCUCCGCCAGGCGCCACGUGAGUGGCACGACACACUGAGGACUACGCUCGCGGCACUUGGGUUUGCUCCUUCUACUGCCGACCCGUCGCUGUUUCUGCACACCGACACCUCGCUGCCGCCGUUCUACAUCCUCGUGUACGUCGACGACUUGGUCUUUGCCACAGCUGACACUGCUGGACUCGCCUACGUGAAGUCCGAGCUGCAGAAGAGACACACGUGCACUGACCUGGGUGAACUGCGUAGCUACCUUGGCUUGCAGAUCACCCGGGACAGAGCACGCCACACCAUUACCCUAACUCAGUCACACAUGGUGCAGCAGGUCCUUCAGCGCUUCGGCUUCACGUACUCCUCGCCUCAGGCCACUCCUCUGCCUACUCGCCACUCGCUCUCAGCUCUGCCUUCGGAUGAGUCCGUAGAGUCGAGUGGCCCGUUUGCAGAGCUUGUUGGCUGCCUCAUGUACCUGAUGACCUGCACACGACCUGACCUUGCAUACCCUCUUAGCAUUCUCGCACGCUAUGUUGCUCCUGGGAGACACCGACCAGAGCACAUGGCUGCAGCGAAGAGGGUGUUGCGCUACUUGUGCAGUACGUCGGGCAUGGGGCUAGUGCUUGGAGGGCGCAGUCCAGUGGUCCUCACUGGGCACGCAGACGCUUCUUGGGCUGACGACCAGGCUACGCAGCGGUCGUCACAGGGUUACACCUUCAGCCUUGGUUUCGGCUCUGUUUCGUGGCGGGCUACCCGCUCGUCUUCUGUUCUCGGCUCCAGUUGUGAGGCUGAGAUCUACGCUGGGGCUAUGGCUGCACAGGAGUUACGCUGGCUCACCUACCUGCUGACCGACCUUGGAGAGCAGCCUCGUUCUUCUCCAGUCCUGUACGUAGACAACAAGGCCAUGCUGGCCUUGUGUCGAGAGCAGCGACUGGAGCACAGAACGAAGCACAUUGCUCUCCGCUACUUUCUUGCUCGUGAGCUACAGCAGCGUGGUUAG